AUGCCCGAUUACGAAAAAGACCCAGAAAUGAUACGUCCCGAGGAUACAAAAGACUUGGGAUGUACAGGUAGAAUCUUGAAUGUCAUGUCUCUGCUGCCAAACCAGAUAUUCAAGAACUCUGAAGGUCAAUGGGAUGUGAAACCGGUCAGAGGUAAUUCCGCUCUAUACUCUUCAAACGACUACCUCACCCAUAACACUGGAUGGGAGACUCACUUGAUAGGGUGGACCGGUGAGCUAUAUAACUCCGAUGAGCUGCAGCCUCGGAGUAUAGUAUCUAAUUUGGAGAGCGAUCCUUUGUACCUUAGUGAAGAUGAUAAGACUGCGUUAACCGAGAAAAUGCGUGCUGCCAACAACUCUCCCAAUAUUCAUCCUGUUUGGCUUCUCAGGAAGGACCAGUUACGUUGGAGAAAGUACGCAGAGAAUGUCCUCUGGCCUAUUUUCCAUUACAUGCAAAAUCAACCAUCCGAUGGAAAGCAGGAAACUGAGUGGUGGUACGACUAUGUCAAGUUCAACGAGGCUUAUGCCGCCAGAAUUAAGAAAAUCUACAAGCCGGGUGAUAUCAUCUGGAUCCACGAUUAUUAUCUGCUUUUAUUGCCUCAAAUUUUGAGAAUGAGUCUACCAAAAGCCAAGAUCUCCCUGUUCUUGCAUGCCCCUUUCCCAUCUUCAGAAUAUUUCAGAUGCCUCUCCAAGAGGAAGCACAUACUUGAUGGAAUGCUUGGAGCAGAUCAGAUUGGAUUUCAAAGUUUCUCUUUUGCCCGACACUUUAUGAGCUGUUGUACCCGUAUUGUAGGUGCUGAGAUCUUAGCUAAUUCAGUAAUUGCAUAUGGUGCCCAUGUCUCGGUUUCUGUGGCCCCAAUAGGUAUCGAUGUUGAGACAAUCGAAAAGUACGCUUUUGAAAGCAAAGAAGUUGAAGAAAAGGUAAAAGCUAUCCGUGAAAUUAACGGCGAUAAGAAGAUCAUCGUAGGAAGAGACCGACUGGAUAUCGUUAGGGGGGUUGUACAAAAGUUGGAGGCUUUUGAGACUUUCCUGUCUAUGUAUCCUCAAUGGAGAGAAAAAGUUGUCUUGAUACAAGUUUCUUUUCCUACAGUUUUCCACAGUGCUAAAAUGGAGAAGAAGGUAAACGAGUUGAUUGCUGGAAUCAAUGGAACUUACGGAUCUUUCAACUGGACUCCUGUUCAGCACUACCAGAUGAGGGUAGCCAAAGACGAGUAUCUUGCCCUAUUACGGGUUGCAGAUUUGGGAGUCAUCACAUCUAUCAGAGAUGGAAAUAACACCACAGCACUGGAAUACGUACUAUGUCAGAAGAAAAAGCAUUCUCCAUUAAUACUUUCUGAGUUUUCAGGUACUGUCGCUGUCUUCCCUGAGGCAAUUUUGGUCAACCCUUGGGACUCUGUGGGCGUUGCUAAUACUAUGCAUAAAUGCUUAUUGAUGGACAGUCGUGAAAAGACAGCAUUGGAAGCAAACUUGUAUAACCAAAUUCAGAAGAAUACCGUUCAAGACUGGACUCGUCGCUUGCUUUCGGAUUUGAUUCAAGACUUAAGACUCAACCAUUCAAAGAAGGGAACUCCUAACCUGAAUAGACCAUUAUUACUCAGUAAUUAUCAAACAGCUGAGCGUCGCCUUUUCAUGUUUGAUUAUGAUGGAACUCUGACACCUAUUGUUCAUACGCCCAGUGCUGCCAUCCCCUCGGCCAAGCUGUAUGACACUCUGACAUUGUUGACAAAAGAUCCACGCAAUGAGAUUUGGUUUAUAAGUGGACGAGACCAACAGUUCUUAGAUAAGUGGAUUGGACAAAAGCUUCCUCAUAUUGGACUCAGUGCCGAACAUGGUUGCUUUAUGAAAAAGCCUGGAUCUAAGGAAUGGCGUAACCUGGCAGAAGAUUUCGACAUGUCCUGGCAAAAGGAAGUCGAGUCAGUAUUCCAAUAUUACACUGACAAUACUCCUGGAACCUUCAUCGAGAAAAAGAAGGUAGCAGUCACCUGGCACUACAGGAAGGCAGAACCAGAUUUUGCAGCGUUCCAAGCUGCAAAUUGCCUUCAAAAAUUACUCUCUGGAGUCAUGAAAAAGUAUGAUGUUGAAGCUAUGUCUGGUAAGGCUAACAUUGAAGUCCGACCUAAGUUCGUUAAUAAAGGUGAGAUAGUUAAAAGGUUGGUAAUAAAUGCUGAUGGACCAGGCAGGGCACCACCAGACUUUAUUUUGUGUCUGGGAGACGAUCAGACCGACGAAGACAUGUUCAAGGCAUUGAAUGAUAUCGAAGCUAAUUGGAAACUUGAGAAGAGACCUAAGGAUAGAUUAGAUGGAUAUGGUGUCUAUCCGGUUUCUGUGGGGCCAGCAAAUAAGGAAACUGUUGCUAAGGCCUACCUUUCAGACCCAGGACAGGUUCUGGAGACCUUAGGUUUAUUAGUGGGAACUGUAUCUCUCUUUGAGACUGCAGGAACGGUCGAAAUAAACGAUAGAGGACACAUUGUUGACGAGACCUUUUUGGAGCCGAAACGUUUCUAA